AUGGGUCCUCAGACCAGUGAAUCCAAUAUGGGUCCUCAGACCAGUGAUCCAAUAUGGGGCCCCAGACCAGUGACCCAAUAUGGCCCUCAAACCAGUGACCCAGUAUGGGCCCUCAGAUCAGUGAUUCAAUAUGGGGCCCAGACCAGUCUUGGUUUAUCAAAAGAUGUGAAACUGACAGUUGAUAAAGGAGAAUUCUUGCUGAAUUUUAUCAAAGCUUUGAAGCUAGAGCAUUCUGUGAUUGUGUCGCCAUCGAUGAGUGGUACAUUUGCCUUGCCAUUGCUGAUGAAGCACCCGGAAGUAUUCCGUGGAUAUGUACCAGUUGCACCUACUGGAAUAGAUCUGUUUACUCCAGAGCAGUUUGCCAAAAUUGAGGUUCCAACUCUUAUUGUGUAUGGAGAAAAUGAUCAGUCACUUGGUGAAACAUCUAUGAAGAUUCUUAGAAAUAUACCCGAUAGUCGGGUAUGUGUCAUAGAGGGCGCUGGUCAUCCAGCGUACUUAGAGAAGUCCACAAAGUGGCAUAAUUUAAUGUACAACUUUCUCACAAAUAUUCCCCAGUAAAUGAGAUACUAGGUUUGUGAAAGUAAUAAUAAUCAAUUAAUUCGAAAGGAUUAUUUAAGUAAUCAAUAAUUUACCAGUGAAUUGUGUUAAAGUUAGAUAACUGGCAAAACUUAUUUGACAGUACUUUUAAUUUUAAGUAAUUUUACCAAAAAUCGUCAGUUUACUGAUCAGCCUCACAUGUUGUGCUGCAAUAGACUAAGUUAUGAUUUGACUAGACUACAAUA